UGUGAGGUGUCUAACAAAAGCAUAAAAGCACCGGGUGAUGAAGCGGGGCCGUGGUUCCUGCUCGGGGAGGUGAGAACUGUCCGGUGCUGAAGGGGGGAAGAUGAGCUCAGCGCGCGCCGGGGGGCAGGUAACGUCAGCAGUCGGCCGGAGCAAGGAAAGACUGUGAAUACACACCUACCAAGUGUUUAUCGGCGCUCAAUCACUGAUACACACCGACUCAAAUUAAUGAUGGGCAGCUAAUCACCUCCGUGUGACUCAGAGCCGCUUUAUUUUUAUUCCGGCGCCUCAGCAGCAUCCCGCGCCCUCCGCUCGGCUUGAAAUGGGAUGAUAUGGGAUUUUUCAUGUCGACGAAGAUCGGAUGGAUUGUUGCCUUUGCCACCGUAUUCCUGUCCUUAGCGGUGCCAGGAGACUCUGUCGAUGUGAAGUGUGAGAACAUUUAUAAGGACUUCUCCGAAUGUGUCCUGGAGCUGGGAGAGAGCAUGGACAACUACCAGGAGAACGUGACCAGUGAGAGGGGAGUGGCAGCUGUGUGCAGCCACUGGGAAGCUUUCCACACUUGUGCCCUCACGGCGCUGUCCGACUGUCAGGAGGAAGUCAGCUCCAUCUGGGAGAAUCUGAGGCAGGACUCCAGGAAGAUACGCUUCCAGGGAAGUCUGUUUGAUCUGUGCAGUCCCAGCUCCUCUCCCAGUCUAAGUUCACCUAGCGCUGUCCUCAUCUUGCCGCUGAUCCUGGCCUUGACUGGGCCCGGCUGGGCUUCUGCAUAGAUGGAGCAGGGGUUGGGUGAGGAGGACGUUGUAUUCGCUGUGCUUCGGUCCUCCAGAGUUUAAACUUAAAGCCAAGGAUUUAAGAGCACAAAUGUUUCAAAGGAUUAUUUUGACCUAGAGUCGCUGAUGUCUGCGAUGAAUGAGGUUUGAAAUUCUCUCAAAUACUCCAGCUUUGGGUGGAGUGGCAGAAAGAAUCGCAUUGUAAACAGAUUAAAAGCACACACUCUCGUGGAUUUCACAUACAAUUUGGUCAGCUCGUUCUACUAUCAGACACCUGUGGCUCUGGGUUACUAACACUGUACAAGGAGCAGGCACAUUGCCGCAUAUAUCUGUACAAUGUCGUGCAGUCAAACACAGCUUGCAAUAUAGUUUACCUGUGUGAAAAUAUAACGUCCAAUUUUUGUAGUUUUUAAACCCAAAUAACUUUUUAUUCAUCGCUCACAUUUUUGUAUAUAAGAUAGUUAUUGCAUCCAUGGUGUGUUUUGCGUAAAGUCUGAUUUCAUCAUGGUCCUUAAAGGAAAAGUUUGAUUUUACAACAAGUAAAUUAAAAAACUGACCCCACUUUAAGAUCUCACCAGUAAAUAUGAAAGGCAUAGCAACCAGUUUUAGCUUAGCUUGUCAUUAAAUAUAUAUUUUUUUCACUUUUGUAUAAUUUGAAGAAAUGAUUUAUAAAAUGUUUGUGAGUGAUCUGUGCUGGCAGUUCUGCCCCACCCUCUUAUUUCCAGUUUUUAAGCUAACCAGCUGCUGCUUGUAGUACAGAAAAUGGGGCUGUCAGACUACUACAAUGCCAGUCUGCCUCUUUAAUUAUGAGCUACAGCAUAAACCUUAUGACCUCCACUGAGUUUGUAUAAACACAGCUUUGCUCUGUGAAAACACUAAAGAGACACGUCAUGAAGAAUAACAUCUUACCGAGCUUUUAAGUUCCUUACAAACUUGGUACGAAAACCAAGGAAAUUAUUGUUUGGUUGGUUGUCCUCUGUUGUAACAAUGCUUCUUGAUAAUAAAUAUUAUAGUGCUGGAAAGCCUGUUUAUUUCUCCUUAAAUGCUUCCACAUUUGUAAGGAAAACACAUUUUUGAGUUGAGCAGCAGAGUUGAGUAUGUGGGUUACACCCAUGAAAACCUUGCCAAAUCUUCAGCUUAUUCUGCUACUGACACUUGUUUGGUGCUUAUUGGAUUGGACGAUCGAAGUCUGAAGAAACAAAGUAUAUUGGCAAUUUAACAAUGACAAAACAGAUUUGACAAGUUUUUCAUGGGUGCAGCCCUCAUACUCAGAUUUAUUGCCGAGACGUAUUGUUACAACAUAGAAAUUAUCGACCAAAUGCAAAUUUGGUCGAUAAUUUUAAAAGUCGAUAACUUUUUUGUUUAUUUGAGGUUGUUACCGAUCAAACAAAGAACCAAAUCAGACUCGACACGACUAAACAACAUUUGUAUGCACUAUAGAGGUGAAUUCACCCUUUAACUUGUUUUGAAGUGUAGAAAAUGUUGUAGUAAAGUGACAAUCAAGCAGUUCGUACACAACUUUGGAUUCCCUUUCUCCUUAUUAGGCUUCAGCCCAUCAUGGCUGAUGUUGCAUAGCUGCUAUAAAGACACCAAAAAUAGGGGAUGUCUAUUGCACAUGAUCCAUGCUUUAGUUAAACCACAGCUCCUUUUAAUUUUCCAGCCCACUGAUCAUUGUGUAAAAACAAAAUUUUCAUUUUCGUGACUUUCAGUUGCAUUCUGUGAGAAAAUGCUCACUUGCUCACUUGUUAACAUCGUAUUAGUAACCUUGUGCAUUGAAGUAGUCUGCGUAGUCCAGUAGAUGACAGAAUACACGUGGAUGGCUUUUCAAAGACAAAUCUGCCAUAAAGUUCUACUGAUUACAUCAUUAAUAUGUGUUUGAUAUAUCAAACAAUGUACUCCUCUUCUAAUUUUUUUUUUUAUCUGUUAAGUCAAAUUGUGAGAAUAAUGACAAACUUCAGAAACAGGAAGAUUAAUGUGCACUGAAAUGUGUUUGAGUGCUGCAGUUUGUAGCAAUAUAACUUGCAUCUAUUUAGCACAAAAGUCUAUGAGAUGUCAUAAGUAGUAAUUGUCUUUUGUGAUUAAUAUUUUGGUGAAUUUGUCAUGAAAAAAAAAAAAAGGUUUUUAUUCUUAAAACAGCAUCAAGCCCUUUGGUUCUGAGUAAAUUCAAAUGGUGGAGAAAUAGUGUUUAUCUUUUGUUUGUUUUGCCCAAACUGUGUCCAUAUAUACAUAUUUGCUUUAAAACUGAUCCUAACAAAAUGUCAAAAGUUGGAUCAUUCAGUCAUUUAUGUUAUCACAAGUGCAUGGUGAUUUUUGUGACAGUGCUUCAGAAAAAUGGACAGUUUGUUAAUUUUACCUCGGAGAUGGCGUACAGUGGUCUUGAUCUGUGCAUGAAGUUUCGCUAGCUCCUCAGUGUGCCUGCAUCCUUUGUUAUGCAGAUGUAUUAUCCUCACCCCCGUACCUACCUAAACUCCAUCAGCAUGUUUGCUCUGUUUCUAUUUCUUUCAUCUUUCAAAGUGCAAUCCCUUUUCCAAAAAAGGUGGGAAGAGCCAAAUAAAACAGAAUGCUUGGAUUUGGAAAUCAUGUAAACCCUAUAUUUAAAAUAAAUAUAACACACAAUACUAAAUAUAAUGAGAUGGAUAGUGACAAAUGUUACUGUGUUGAUGACAGCAGCAUAUCUCAAAAGCACUUGAGAUAAAAGCAUGUUCAUCACUUCUUGAAACAACACUCCACAAGCAUUUAGGAACUGAGAAGACCAGAUGUAGUUCUGAAAUCAUUUUUUCCCAAUUUAUGCUCGUUAAGCUGCUCAACAGUUCAGUUGUUCUCUGCAGAAGAUGCCACCAUAUGUUGUUUUAAAGCCUAUUUAACAUUAAUGAUGCCUUCACAUACACUGGAUGGACAAAAGUAUUGGGCUACCUACACGUUACACCUACAGGAGCUGCUCGGUCAUGGAAAGUCGUGCCAUGAAGCUCCUGGUGGACAGUUUUUGUGCUGAUGUUAAUGCAAGAGGAGGCUUUCUGCAGUUACUAAGACAGCAGAGCGUUGGCAGCUUUUACGCACUAUGCACCUCAGCGCUCGCCAGCUCUGCUCUGUAACUUUAUGUGACCACUCUUUGGCUGAGUUGUUGUGGUUCCUAAACACUUCCACUUUGCAAUAAUACCACUAAGUCCUGAUUUAGACUUCUGCAGGGAAUCUUUGUAGAGCCUACAACGUAACUUACGUAAGUGGCUGAUGUCGUUUGUGCUUGUGCUGGUGCAUUAUGUGUGGUCAUGUCCCAGUGUUUUAUAUGCGGUGCCAGGUGAUAGGAAUAAAUAAACUGCAGGGAUUUUUUUCCUCCUCUUAUUUAAGUCAGUUCUUUUGAGGGUGCAAACAUAUUUGUUCCUCUGGGGGGGAAUAGCUUAAGCAAUUUUCCUCCAGUAAUUUGCUGACAUUUAGGAGUCUUCAUAUUGAUAUGAUUAUUUUUCCUUUUAAUGAGGCAAUGAUUGUUAUUCUCACACUGAUAAAUUCAAAAGGAAAAAUCAACAGGACUGAACAGAUCAGUCACAAUAGUUGACAUGUAGUCGAAUCAGGUUAUGGCUCAGGGUUUAAGGGGGGUUUGUGGUUGCAACAAUUACAGCAUAGAUCAAAAAGCAUAAACCCCAAGUAACAACUAAUGUUGUAACAGCGACAUCCUACUACAGGGCAGCACUUAAAUUCAGUGAGUUCUUGAGAAAAACCCAUUCUUUCACAAGAAGACUGCAGGUGUGGCUACGUGCUUGAUUUGAUACACCUAAAUUCAAACAUUAAGAGGUGUGGCCUAAUACUUUUGUCCUGUAUAGUAUAUCUGCAAUUUACCAUGCCAUGCAUACUAAUGCUUCCCAUAUCAUGGUUGCUAGUAUGUAGGUGGUAAGAUUUAAUAGUUUAUGCAACUACCAGAGAAGACAACAUGUCAGGAUGUUUCUUUAUUUUUGUUUGUUUUCAUUUAUUCUUACGGAUGACAAGACAAACCUGUUCUCUGACAGUGGUCCUGAGUCGUUACAGUGACCUUCACAACAUAAUCAUGUCUAUUUCUAACGCAGUGCUACGUGAGGCCCUGAAGGGCACACCUUCAACAUUAGCUUUUAGCCGUUUCACUUGCAUACAGAGAUGUCUUUGGAUUUUCUCUGAACCUUUUAGUGAUAUUAUCCACCAUCCUUACUUCUGACGUAGUUUUCUGAGACGCUUUCUUUACUAACAGUCAUUUUACUCGCCUGCCCAGUAGUUUAACAGCAUCAUCUUCGAAAUGAGAACACAUUUAAAAAUAACAAAGUUAAAGAAUGUUUACUUUGGACCACUUUCAUGAAUUACGGGGUUUACAUUUUUUGCAAAACAAUGCAUUCUGUUUUUAUUGAUAUUUUGCCUAAUGCCACAGCUUUUUUAGAAAGAGGUUUGUACUGCUGUUACGUCAUCCACUGUGUACCUGGCGGUAACAAUACAAAAAAAAAAAAGUUGUGAUGUCCUCAAAGCAUGAGCAAUACAAUAGUCACUUCUUAAGAGGGGACUUUUUUCCCUGCUGUUGAACAAAGCAUGAUGAUACCAUAGUAAUCCUAAUAAUGACAGCUCAAACAUGGAAAGAACUCCUGAAUGUAAAACUAAGUUCAGUAUCCAUGUGAGGGUUUGGUUUUUUUCAGUUUAAUACACAAUUUACAAGACUGUAUAAAGCAAUAUAUGGAAAAGUAAUGUGUUUAUAAUAAUAAAGCACAAUGUUUAAAACCUAAGUGUGCGCUCACUGGCUUCAGGAGAGUAACAGCACUAAGAUGGAAACUGGUGGUACAUUUACUGAUUGCAGCCAAUCCUUUUUAACCCAUCUAUUACAGUUUCUGUUUUUAGUCAUCCCGGGAGCAAAGUGAGGGUAAGGACGACUGCAACCAGCGUUUUCCAACUCGUUAGUGCUCUCCCAUCUGCUGCUUUCCACCUGGACACUUCCUGCAGCGAGGGAUCAAGGCCCAGGGCAGAAAACGUUUGGAGAAGUAAAGACAUGCAUGUGGCAAUUCCCUCAUUAGAGAAGCCAUGUUUGAUGUCUGAAGCAUGACGGCCAAUGUUUGUUUUUGCUUUUUUUUUUCCCCACCUGCAGUUUCCUCUCCAAGACUUUAACCUUUUAAUAUAAUCAACAUGAGCUGUGCAGACAUUUAAAUCUUCAGAAAGGAGAAAUACGCACACCGUGUCUGUGAUUUUUUUCUCCCCAAGGAAUUUAAUGAUGUGAACAGAUCCAUCCAGAGUUCAUAUAUUGAAUUACAUUACCAAAAAAAAAGUAUAAGAUACAAAAGGUGAUGUGAACACUUUCAGAGGUUCCACUGCUAGAUAACAAAAUAGCAGCUUAGAAAGAGUAGUCACGAGUUUGUACAAAGUAAUAAUAAAGUAAUUUGUGGAGAUUUUGGGAAACAGUUGUUCAACUUUUUGUAAGAGUCGGCUCACUCUUAUAUAGAGCAGGGGUGUAAAACAUAAGGCCCAGGAACCAGACUCGGUCGGGUCGGGUGAA